GAUAACUAGCCUGCUGUGUCAAACCACAGUGACACCGGUCGUGGUGAUCCACCUUACAGAUGCAGACGCUUGUUUUGAUACUCCAAGUCAUAGAGGGGAAAUCACAAAGCUAACCGAGGACAGAAAGGUGCUGUCUGUCGGCUUGAAGCACUCCUACCUGGCCCUUGGACUGUCCGCGACUCUCGUCCUUUAAUCGCUCAGGCAUCAUCCGGCCUCACUGUGGAUCUUUAGCCCCUCGGGCAGGGCAGUGGCAGUGGCAGAGGUAGAGCCAUCAGGGACCAGACCAGCAGGAAGCAGGGCUUCAUGAGCGCCACGGGGCAGCAGCAAGGGGGGGGUCUGCGUACUCGCCGAGGCCUUAGCCGGGACAAAGAGCCCGGGCACGGCAUGGGCAUGGAGGCAACCUGCUGGCUGUCCCCUGGAGUCCUGCGCAGGCUGAUUGAGUUGCCCUCACCCCCCCUGUCUCGACACCAACUCAAGAGACUGGAGGAGCACAGGUACAGCAGUGCUGGACGCUCCCUGCUGGAGCCUCUAAUGCAGCGCUACUGGGAAUGGCUGGUAGGACGUGUCCCUUCCUGGAUUGCACCCAAUCUCAUCACCAUCAUUGGCCUGGCCACCAACGUCUUCACCACCCUCGUGCUUGUCUACUACUGCCCAACUGCCACUGAGCAGGCUCCUCUCUGGGCAUACCUGUUGUGUGCGGUGGGUCUGUUUAUCUACCAGUCGUUGGACGCCAUCGACGGGAAGCAGGCCAGACGCACUAACAGCAGCUCUCCGCUGGGUGAGCUGUUUGACCACGGCUGUGACUCCCUCUCCACCGUGUUUGUGGUGUUGGGAACCAGUAUAGCAGCGCAGCUGGGCACCAACCCAGACUGGAUGUUCUUCUGCUGCUUCGCCGGGAUGUUUAUGUUCUACUGUGCACACUGGCAAACAUAUGUGUCAGGAACGCUGCGCUUUGGGAUAUUUGAUAUAACAGAGGUGCAGCUCUGUCUAGCAGGAUUACAGAUGCUCACAGCCGCUGUGGGUCCCUGCCUGUGGAACGUGAUGAUUCCGAUCCUAAAUAUCCAGAUGAAAAUGAUUCCUGCCAUCUGCACUUUGUUAGGAGCCAUCUUCUCCUGCACCAAUUAUUUCAGAGUUAUUUUCACAGGAGGUGUGGGCAAAAACGGAUCCACAAUAGCAGGAACCAGUGUCCUCUCUCCAGUCUUACAUAUUGGUUCAGUCAUAAUUUUGGCGAUGAUGAUAUACAAAAAGUCUGCUGUCCAGCUCUUUGAAAAUCAUCCAUGUCUUUAUAUCCUGGCAUUUGGCUUUGUCUCGGCCAAAAUCACCAAUAAAUUAGUUGUAGCACAUAUGACAAAAAGUGAGAUGCAUCUCCACGAUUUAGCCUUCCUGGGACCAGGACUACUGUUCCUGGAUCAGUAUUUCAAUAGUUUUAUUGAUGAGUACCUGGUGCUCUGGAUUGCACUGAUCAUUUCCUUGUUUGACUUGGUGCGUUACUGUGUCAGUGUUUGCAACCAGAUUGCCUGCCACCUUCACAUUUUUGUUUUCAAAAUCAAGCCUUGUUCAGUCCUCGGCUCAGCUCCUCACUGAGGACACGCCGGCCAUUACUGACUCUGCACCCUUCCUGUUAGCUGCACUCACCUUUUCUUCCCUCUGUUUUCCACGUAGAGACGCAAGGGGGGGUGACGUGGUGUAAACUGUGUGCUUCUGCCAACUGAAUGUCAGGACAAAUAAUAUAUAUUAAGAUACUGGAAUAUUACUGUCAUUGUCUGUUUUUCACCAGUGCAGAAUUACAUUUAUACCAGUUUCAUUUUCUGCUCCAGUACUAAGAAAUCUUCUGACAAACUUACGGUUGCAAAGAGCAGAUAUUUCAGGAGAGUACAGGUGCUACUCAGUAUGCUCAGCGAGAGAAACUUACAGCGUGUUUUAACUGUUCACGUGCAAGAAAAUGUAUAGGAACUGAAUCAUUCUCUUUGCUUUUCAUGAUUAUAAUUUUUGUAACUUUACUUUUUUGCUAUUGUAAAUACCAAACUGUUACAGUGUCUGUGCUUUCUUUUAAGUUAAAAAUCCUUCUUUGACACAUUUAUUUAACCUUCCUUCAUGUGUAUGAUUUUUAAAGACACUCCAUCCCCUACACGAAAACAGUGCAGCUGUUUUACAUCAGCAAAAUGUGGUUUUGGAGGAAACCUGAUGCCAGUGUUACUUCCUCUUUCUUUCUUUUUUUCUGUUUAAAGCAAAUCAGAACGUCCUUUUUGUACAAGCCUGCAAAUUAAUUCACUGCCACUUUCUUGGUUAAAUUUGCACUUGGGAUUUAGGUUCAGGUCAGAUUUUGGGUUUUUUUUGCUAAGCUCUUUGCUAAUAUAGUCAUCAUGAAGUUGGUACUUUUGUUACGGGGUAUAGGCUUUCUUUUAUUUAUAUUGUAAACGUAAAGGGGGCUGUGAACGAGGGCAAAAGGUCAUUUAGUGUGCUGUAGUUGUGCACACAUAGUGUGCGUGUGAAAGGUCCGUCAGCUCUUUUUGACCUCAUGUACGAAUGAACUCUCAAGUUUCACAUUUUUCAGUUGAUGAGAGCAAAGAUCACAACGUCUACAGGUGGAGUGAAGCAGUGGGCUUAUUUCAUCCAACUCUGUUACUGAUCUCUGCUUUAUUUAUUGGUGUUUUUUGUUUGUUCCUUUUGUUUUUAAGUGUCAAAUUCCACAAUGAUAAGAAAAAUAAUCCACCUGCUUCUUUGUUUUUGUUUAUUUUUCUGAAACAUUUUAUCCUGUGUACUUUUUGCAAAAAAAUCAGGUUGAAAUGGUGCAUUUUGGGGGAGUGGUAUUGUUGAAAAGCAAAUUAACAUGCAUUUUGUGCUCUAUAUUAGAUGCAUUCCCUGCAGCAUGUCAAAAUAAAACUGCACUCCAUGUGUGUUCCAAUAGUGCAACGGUUUAGCUCAUUUUUAAUGAUUUAUCUGGCUUUGAGACAUAGACUAUGCUUCACUGUAUUUGUUAAAGAAAAGUUUUGAAUAACAGAAAAUGUGAAAAUGAAACAUACACAUGAAAAAUGGUCCUUCGUGUGUUGCAGCUGCUUUACUGAAUCACUGCUGUGUGUUCAGUGUUACCAUCCUGCACAGUACAUCACGUUUCCUCCAAAACACACGGCUGCCUCAGCAGAACAGGUGCACAUGUGAGUGUGCGGGAGGUGAGGUCACCUGAUGAUGUCACGGUUUUUAAGGUGGUGACUGAUUGAGUCAGAUCAAACUUAAUAAAAAUGUGUUGAUUUGAAAUGUGGCUGCUGCUCGCUCUGCCUCCACAUCGUCGUCGUUGUCUGAUGCUGUUACACCUCAAACCGAGUGUGUUUAGCGCUGCUGCUGCUGGAGAGGACCUGUAGUGACGGCCUGUAUUCACGUGGAGCUCAUGUUUGUCCUUAACAGCAGGGGUUAGCUUCUUGCUUUUACAUUUUGUGCCUGUUUUAUGUACUUUCUAUUGAAUACUUCCAUCUGCAGAUACUGUGCUUUGCCUCUGCGCCGUGUUUGAAAUGACCCACAAUGCCAAAUGUUGACUGAAUUGAGAGGCUCUCAGUGUACAUUGUCCUCCGAGCUGCGUCAUUGUCUCAGCUGGAUGAGUUCUUGUGCAGGGCGGCGGUGGUGGUGUUAUCUGGAUGAAAAGAGACUGAUGGCCAUUGAUUCAUGUAAACAAAGCCUUCUACACACAAGUGUUAAAGGACCACUUCACCCAAAAUCACACAAACCAUUGUCCUCUAAUGCCUUAAGAUGAAAUAUUAUGGCUCAGUGUAUUAUGUUUUAUAUCAUGCAAAUAAAGUCAUUUUGAGUAAAGAGGUUUAAUGAAAAUAAAGGUUAAAGAAAAACAUUGGAAUGAGGGUAGAGUGCUUAAAGGUUUUGUGUAUAAUGAAAUGGAAAAUGGGAAAAUUGUAACAGAUAUUUAAAGUCUUGACAGCUCAUAUGUAUUUUUUUAAGUUAUUCCCUUUUUGUCAGAAAAUGUGAGUAUUAUAAUUAGACUAAAUGGGAAAUUAAUGUAAAAGAAAAGCUUUAAUAUACUGAGACUAAAACUACAAUAAAUACUGAAAAGCAACACUGCUGGCAGAGGAAAGAAUCGACUAUAAAGGUGCUGAAAGAAGAAAAUUUGCAACAGUUUGAGAAUAAAAAUAUAUUCAGUGGAUGUUUUCUAAAAAAUACAUAGAAAAUCUCUGCUGCAUAAAAAAAAAUGCUGGGCAAUAAAAAUAGUUUGGUAUGGUAGAAAAUAGGUGAAAUAGCUAUGGGUAGGUAAACUGCUUUAAGAUAUUUCUGGAUUUCAUGAAGACAUUUAAUCACUUCAUAAUGAAAUGCCAAUUUAUUUUUCAAUGGUAAAGUAAAAUUUAAAAUAGGUAAAAAUAUAAAAUUUUAAGUUUAUUCAUAAUUGUAAAGAAUAAAAUCAUUUUAACAAUAUCAGAAUCUAGCUCCAGUUUGGGGGCAAACUAAAACUAAGUUGAUAAACAGAGAAAACCUUAAUUUUUCUAAUAUUUCUGUUUUGCUUUGAAGGCAUAAAGAAAAAUUAAUAUCUCAGAAAAUUCUGAGGUGGUUUUGCGAUUUGGAUGAAGUGCGUCUUGAAGAACACUGAUGAGCCCAUUCUUUGUUGAUUUGUUUUUGACAGAUUUUGUAGUUGUAAAUUCUGCACGUUGUGCAAUAAAGAACAGUACUGACUGAAUGUCACAUUUAUUUUAUUAGUAAUAUUCAUUUUUAUCCUUCUAAAUUCUGCAGUUGUUGUCUGUUCAUUGAUGUAGGAGAUGAUGAGAAAUGAGCUAAUAUGCAUGUGUAGUAUUCUGCUGUAUAGUUUUGUACUGUAACUAGAGACCCUGAGAGAUUCAGCAUCAACACAUAUAUAGUUCCUGAUGUGAGGUCACAUCUCUCAUUGUUACCAGUAAAGGUUUGCCUUAAACCCGUUUGUUUUCUAUUGUUUUGUACAGAGACCAGCGUGUUGUCACUGUGUGCGUUGGUUAUGUUGGUCAGACUGCCAAGCUCAGGUAUCUCAUCAGUGUGCACAACACCGUGUUCUCUUAAGACGGUAAACAAAGUCACCUGACAAUCUCUCCUUCACCUGCCAUUGCGAAUAAAUUUCAUACUCCAGCCUGGAACCAGGUUUGUACUUGUGUUUUUUACUGUGAACAUCAAAGUGAUGGAUUCACCUGCCUGCUUCUGCACCUUUCUGUCUUCCAUGGAAAAGACUGGUGAUGCACAGAGCGCCUUGAGUUUUAAACAGUGAUGUAAGAACAAGAUGAUAAAUGUCAAAGGAGUGCUUUAAUAUUUAUUGUCUCCAUAAUGCAUGUUUGCAGAAUUACUCAAUAAGUUAUGGACAGAUCUGAAGAAAUACAUUAUGAAAGGUGAGGUCUUUAGAGGCCCAGCGUCAAAGGAACUGUCUUUGGAACAGAUCCAGGAAUUUUUGGAAGAAUUUACGAGCCUUUACUAUUGUGAGGUAGGAUAUUUUGUGUCAUAUCUUUGCAAAUGCAUAUCAAAAU